GCCUGAAUUUCAGGCUUUCAGCCUCUGGGACGCAUGGCCUGGAAAAUGACCCUCGUGUGCAGGCGCAACAUGUAACAUGCGCCAACCGGCGCAUGCAGCCAACUUUCUCCUCUCCCCCCUCAGGAGGGACCCUAGAUGGGUAAUGGAAAGACAAACUCCCCUGGUGCAGAAUGCUAUCAAGUAUUUCUUAACACAGCUCGGUGGGGAGAGGUGGGGGGCAUUGCGGUCUCACAUCGAUGUGUGGCAGAGCCUAUGGGCUUUUCACUGCAAGCCACCUAGGGAGCAGCGAUUCAAGGAACCCACGUGGGACACAUUCGGGCAAGCAGAUGCCUCCUUGACCCGCAAAACAGCGUCACAGUGGUGGGCAACUUACGGUUGUAACCACAAGGACCUGCAGAAGAUCGCAACAAGGGUCACAAAUGUUUGGAGCACAACCACACCCUCAGAGAGAAAUUGGUCCUCCCUUGACUUGAUCCACAGCAAGAGGAGGAACAAUCUCUCGAGCGAGAGUUUGGCGAAACUUGUUUAUGUGCAUUGGAACAUGCAGCUGCAGAGCAUUCCAAGAAGUAUGAAGGACGGGUGGGUUGAUGUGCAGGCCACAUUCUUCGAUGACCCCGAGCCUCCAUCCCCGAAUGAUGGUGCGAUUUUGCCGGGGCCUUUGGAGAUGACGGAGGAGGGGUUGCAAUGGCAGGCUCGCUUGACAAAGACCCGAAGGGGGAGGAUUCUGAAAGAUCUGGAUUCAGAUGAUUCUGCUGCAUCGAGCAGCGACGAUGACAUAAUCUGGAGUGAGAAAGGGGGCAAAAGGACACAACCGUUGCGGGACACAAAGGGCAAGGCCCCAAUGGGGGAGGAGGAUGAAGAGGCUGAGGGGGGGGAGGAGGAGGAUUCAUAUGCAGACUCAGACUUUGAACUGCUCCCACCUGAGGACAGUGAUAAAUCUGAUGAUGACUCGGGCACGUUGUCUCCUGCUGCAGACCUGCUUCUGCCGUCCCAGCGUCAAUGCGAGAAGGAGAGAGAUUGUGUUGAUGAGGAGGAGAGGGCAGCAGCAAAGGCCCUAGCAGACAAGGAUCGGGUGAGGGUGCAGCAACGCAUAGAAGAGGAUGCCGCACAACGUAUGGCUGUGCGACCUCCCACAAGGGUGAACACACAUGGAGCGACAUCUGCACCUCCCUCUGCAUGCACAACAGGUGGACUCCACACAAAUGAGGUGCAACAGCACCACCAACUGCAACCUGUACAGGUGUUGCUGCAGCAAACAGAGAAGCAAUAGAAAGAAGACCCGCCUCAGUUGCAGGACCUUCAAAAACAGUUGCAGCAACAGCAGGAUGAAAAGGGCCACAAUCAAUGCAACGUGCGACU